AUUCUAUGCUAAAAAUAAUAUUAAGAUGGUUUCAUUUACGGUUUUUAAAAUGUUCUGAUAUGAUAUUCAUUGUAUUUUGUAAUUUGUAAUUAUUUUAUUUCGAUUAAGAUUAUUUAAGUUUCAAUAUUACAUUAAUAGAUGUUAAAUUAAAUAUAUUCUUAAUACUUUAUGAAUUGUGUACAUUUGGUAUUAUUAUGCAAUUAAAAAUAAGUAAAAAAUAUAAAAUGAAUUCAUGACAUAAUAAAAUAAUUAAAUCAAGAUUUAUUAUAGAGGAAAAUAAAAAAAUUUAUAAAAAUGUAGAAAUUUUUUAUGUAUAUAUAAAAUAAUUUAUAUAUAAAAUAGAACUUCAAAAUUUGUUAUUAGUUAGAUAAUAUUUCAAUUGUUACCAAUCAAUGAAUAAUUUUUUAUCUAUUUGUCUAAAUAUAAAUGCGCUUGCGCCAAUAUAUUUGAUGGGUGCAAAAUGAGACAAAUGCAUUAAUAAUUACAUGAUAUAAAUAAAAAAUUUAGAAUAUUAAAUACAAAUGGUAUCUUAAAUCUUAAUCAACAAAUGAAUUUUCCUUAUCUUUCUUAUUCGAUAAUAAGUAAUAGAUUAUAAGAUACAAGACGUGCUAAUUUCUCGUUUCUCUAGAUUUUAGUAAUUGAUAUUUAUUAAUUUAGAUAUACAAAAAUGACAUUUGAAUUCAAUGAAAAAAAAAAUCAACAGUUAAAAAAUAUUAAAGCUGGUUUAAUUGACUUCGUUUCUGGAUCACUUGGUGGGAUAGCACUUGUUUAUGUUGGGCAACCAUUAGAUACAAUAAAGGUAAAAAUGCAAACUUUUCCUUCUAUGUAUAAGGGAAUGGUAAAUUGCUUUUUACAAACAUUAAAGACAGAUGGAAUAAUGAAUGGUUUAUAUGCAGGAACUAUACCUGCAUUAGUUGCUAAUGUUGCUGAAAAUUCAGUUUUGUUUGCUGCAUAUGGAGGAUGUCAAAAAAUUAUUUCUAAUAUUUUGGGUGUUCAAAAAAUACAAGAUUUGACAUCAAUUCAAAAUGCAUGGGCAGGAUUUUUUGCUGCAUUUUUUUCUUCAUUAACACUAUGUCCUACAGAACUUAUAAAAUGUAAGCUACAAGCAAUAAAAGAAAUUCAAAUAGAAAGCGAAUCAUCAAUAAGUGAAAAAAAAAUUGGACCAUGGGGAUUGACACGUCAAAUUCUUAAAGAUCAAGGCAUGAGAGGUUUAUUUACUGGAUUAUCAUCAACCAUAGCACGUGAAAUGCCUGGUUAUUUCUUUUUUUUUGGAGGUUAUGAAGUAACCAGGGAACUUUUAGCAAAGCCAAAUGAAAAUAGAGAUGAUAUAGGAUGGCAAAAAACUAUGGUAGCUGGUGCUGUUGGUGGAAGUAUUUUAUGGCUUGUAAUAUUUCCAGCAGAUGUGGUUAAAAGUAGAAUACAGGUAAAAAAUUUGAAAACUCCUCCACUAAUAGUUAUGAAAGAUAUUGUAAGAAAUGAAGGUAUUAAUUCCUUGUACAGUGGUUUAAAACCAACAUUAAUUAGAACAAUACCAGCAACAGCUACUUUAUUUGUAACUUAUGAAUAUACUAAAAGAUUUAUGCUCAAUUUUUUUGAAAAUAAUUGAUGGAUAAAGAUGAUAUUGUUUUGUUUAAAAACUAAUAAAAAUUAUAAGAAAAAAAAUAAAAAUAAAUUAAUUUGAAUAUAUUUAACAUAAAAA